ACUUAAGUACAACAUUUGACUUUGCAAUAAGGUAUCGUUAGUUUGUUACAUAUGUUCAGUGCAUAGUUGCAUACAUUACAUGUCAAAAAUUUGCCCAUGUAAUUAAAGAGACUAAUACGGAGUAGUAAAAAAUAUCUCUCAUAUAAUCAAUUUCAUUACAAAUUUUUUACUCAAUAACUUUCCUCAUUAAAUUGUUGUUAAAAAAAAAAAAAAAAAAAAAAAAAAAAAAAAAAAAAAAAAAAAAAAAACCUUUCCUUAUUAAAAAAAAAAGAAAGAAAAGGUUUGAGAAAGUAGUGGUCAUCAAAAGAACAACCAUUCCAUUGACCCAUUAAUCAAUUCAACAAAUUCACAUCCAUACAUCCACUACUGUCCAGAGUGAUCACUCAUUCACUCCUACUCCGUAUUGUAUACUCAAUACUCCCUACACAGAUUAUUAAAGUUUCAUCAUUGAUCCAAAGGACCACAAAAAAUCUUCUUUCAUUUUCUCUCUCUAGCUUUUGCUAUCUCUCUCUUGAUACGAUUAACAUGGUAUCAGAGCGUUUUUUUUUCCGCGAUUUUCUGCUGUUGAUUUUUGUUGUGUUCUUUGUUUGAUGAGCUGCUUCGAUUGUGGAUUCUGUGCGAUGUUCUCUAUUUGAGGUGUUCUUCGUUUUCUGGUAUGGUUGCUCGAACACUUGUUCUUCUCAUUGCAUGUGUUCGAUUCCUUUGUUGAUUGUUGGCUGAGAUUGUGAUUGUGUGUUUUUCUGAGCAGUUGAUUCGUUGUUGAUUGUUUUUUGAUUGAUUUGUUGCUGAAUUGUUCGACUUCUCCGAUUGCGAUUGAUUCUGAGAUUUUUCUUUGAUGUUGCGAUUGAAUUUUUGGUUCGAUUACGGUGUUUAAUGUUGCUCUUGGAUUGAUUCUUUGAAUUUUUCUUGAAGAUUGUGUGUGAAGUGUUUGUUUGAGGAUAUUUUCUUGGAUUGAGGUUUUUCUGGAGAUUAUUGAUCUUUUGGUGUUUGAUUGAAAAUUUCUUGAAAGUUGAUUGUGAAUCUGUUGAAAAUGGUUGCGAAUAGUUCACAAUCUUCUAUGGAUCCUACUGCUGUGCCUGGUAGUGUUUACUAUAUUCAUCCUUCGGAUGCUUCAAACAAAACUCUUGUUUCUGAUGUCUUUGAUGGGAGUGGUUUUAGUGACUGUAAGAGAUCUAUUCUCCUAAGUUUGUCUUCCAGAAACAAGUUAGGUUUUAUUGAUGGUAGUGUACCACAACCUUCUGCUACUGAUCCUGAUCAUAAGGCAUGGUCUAGGUGCAAUGAUUUAGUUCUAGGAUGGUUAUUGUUUGCCCUAGAAAAGAGUAUUGCAAAGAGUGUUUGGUUUUGUAAGACUGCAAAGGAUCUAUGGGAUGACCUUGAAGAGAGGUUUGGUCAUACUUCUUCUACUCAGCAGUAUGCUUUGUAUCAACAACUGGCUGAUAUUCAAUAGGGUCCUAAUGAAUCUGUUUCUGUAUUUUUCACCAAGAUUAAGUCUAUUUGGGAUGAAAUGGACAUCAAUGAGCCUUUACCUAUUUGCUCCCGUGCUAAUUGUACUUGUCUUAUCACCAAGAAGAUGCUUAAAAUGCAACAAGAUCAGAGGCUUAUGAUGUUUUUGAUGAAGUUACAUGAGAAAUAUGGAAUGGUCAGAACAAACAUUUUAAUGAUGCAACCUCUUCCAACUAUAUCCAUUGCUUAUAGAUUGUGCAUGCAAGAAGAAAAGCACAAGGAGAUGAGUGUUAGUUCCUUGGCUAAUACAGAGCCUAUGGCUUUUGGAGCUGGAAGACGUUUCAAUGACAGGCCAUAUGACAAGACUUAUAGACAGCCUUCAACAGGAAAUUUUGGUAACAAUAAGUUUCAGAAUGCUGUAGGUUAUAAGAGGCAGUGGUUUUGUGAUUAUUGCAAACAAUCUGGACAUGGAAUAGACAGGUGUUUCAAAUUGAAGGGUUAUCCACAAGGAUGGAAUGUUUGGAACAAGGAGUCUGAACAGAAUGUGUAUUCUCAGAAUAAUAAGAGAGCUGCUCAUGUUGCUCAGGGUGGUGAUUCUGAUGUUGAUCAGUCUCAAGUUCAGCAAUCUUUUGUUGUCUCUGAUGAAGUCCUUACACCUCAAAUGGCAGUGGAACAAUGCAGCAAGAUAAUGAACAGACUUGUUCAGCAGCAGCAGAUUCAUGAUAAUGAGAAGAGAGAGAGUCCUAAAGAUCCAAACCAGUCUAGCACUGCUUUCUUUGCAGGGACAACACAUGACCCAAGCACUGCAUCUUGGUGAUCUGAGGCAUGGUC